AUGACCAGAACAUAGGAAGAUCUCUGUUUCUACCUCGGGAAACCAGUGAAUUUAAAACUUCUUUUUUUUUCCCCCCCCUCUCUAGAUUUUCAACUGAAUUCUCACCUAUCAACACUGGCAAAUAUUCACAAGAUUUACCACACCCUCAAUAGGCUGAAUCUGACAGAGGACGUUGGUCAAGACGAUCACCAGACAGGAGAGAGACUUGCAAAGAUACAAAGAAUACGAAGUCUCCGGUCUUGCAGUUCAUCAGACUGCUUUAGUAAAGUGAUGCCUCCAAGGAAAAAGAGGAGACCUGCAGCAGGAGAUGAUUUGUCUGCUAAGAAAAGUAGACAUGAUGGUAUGUAUAGAAAAUAUGAUUCGACUAGAAUAAAAGCAGAUGAAGAAGUCUUUUCAAGUAAAAGAUGCUUAGAAUGGUUCUACGAAUAUGCAGGCACUGAUGACGUUGUAGGGCCAGAAGGUAUGGAAAAAUUUUGUGAAGACAUUGGAGUCGAACCAGAAAAUGUAGUUAUGCUUGUGCUAGCAUGGAAAUUGGAUGCACAAAACAUGGGCUACUUUACAUUACAAGAAUGGUUAAAAGGAAUGACAUCACUACAAUGUGAUACAACAGAAAAAUUGAGAAAUUCUCUGGAUUACUUGAGAUCUUUAUUAAAUGAGCCUGCCAAUUUUAAACUUAUUUAUAGAUAUGCAUUUGACUUUGCACGGGAAAAGGACCAGCGCAGCCUAGAUAUCAAUACUGCCAAGUGUAUGUUGGGCCUUCUUUUAGGAAAAACAUGGUCCCUUUUUCCAGUAUUUCACCAGUUUUUAGAGCAAUCGAAGUACAAAGUUAUCAAUAAGGACCAGUGGUGUAAUGUUCUUGAAUUCAGCAGAACAAUUAACCUUGACCUCAGUAACUAUGACGAAGACGGAGCCUGGCCAGUGUUGUUGGAUGAGUUUGUGGAAUGGUAUAAAGGAAAACAGAUGACAUAGGAGUUUAACUAUGCACAGCCACUCAAGAGUCACUGUUACCACAGUUAUGUCAACCAUUAGCCAUAAACUGCUAUUUGUAUCAAAGUGCAUGCUGCUUUUCUUGCACUGCAUCCCUUUUGCUGGUAACUUUUGAUGUUUGCUCUUUAACAAGCCAGCUAUGCUUGCUGUGUAGCAUUGUUCUCUUUGAAGGCUGCUUUGCAUUCUGUAUUUACACUACGAAUUGGUGAAUUUGCCAGCAUCUUCACUGUGAUUUAUGUGUAUAUUGCUGUCUAAAUUUUGUAUAUGUGUAUAAAAAAAAGCUUCACUUAGGGAUUAUUUCUGCAGAAAUGUAUUGUAAAAAUAAUUUUGUGGCAUAAUUCUAGUAAUCACUUACAUAUUUGAAACUUCAGUUAUUUUGUUUUUUGUUUGGUCUCAAAUGUAGCAUUUCAGAAAACAAAAUGAACAGACUGCUUGGACAUAGUUAUGUGAAGAACUAUUGUCAAUUUUAAUGUUACUAUUUGAGAUGCCAGUUUCUGAGGGGAGAAGACAUGCUGUGACUUUCUUCACCAGAAUUCGCCAAACCUGACCUAUUGCUUAAUAGGAACGAAACAUUGGUGUCUUAAAAAAUAAUAUAUACAUAUAAAUAUUAAAACACUGUAAUAAUUAUACAUGCCAGAGAUGACUUCGAUUUGAAGAAAAAAGUACUGACUUUUUAAUGUUAAAACUGCAAUAGUCAUUACAGGUACAAAUGAACAAAUUAAAGUACCUUUCAAAAAUGGG